AUGUCGUCCACCUCCUCGACAGGAUUGCAGCAUCAGCCGUCGCCAAGAUCACCGAUCGUGGCCGUCGCCGUUGCAGCUGCUUCCGCGAUCGGAUCCGCAUCGGUCGGUGGGGGUGCGAGUGUCGUCGGUUGGACCAAUAAACGGAGCCCCAUUCACCAUCUCACCACCAGCCAGGACGUUAUCAAUCAGGGUAAAUGUCUGUGCGGUGAGUAUAUACGCGCACGGUUAAAGCGGUCCGGGCUGCUCAACCGGAAGAUCCUGCAGCGGUUGCGCAACUCGAUGGAGCACUGUUCGGCGGUGGGCGGUGGCGUGGUGGUACGGGAAGCACUGCCCAUACUGAACGGGAUGGGCGAGGAGCUGGAACGGAUGCAUCCCCGGCUGUACACGAACGUCAGCCGACAGAUCUCGAACGAACCGUGGGGCGAGCUAACCGAGCCGGAUACGGUCGGCUAUCUGCUGCACGUCGUCGCGAAGGAUCUGUUCAAGAGUGGCAUUACGUGGGGCAAGGUGAUCUCAUUGUUUGCCAUCGCCGGCGGGCUAGCGGUCGACUGCGUACGGCAGGAUCAUGCCGACUAUAUGCAGCAGCUGAUCGAGGGCACGGCGGACGUGAUCGAGGAGGAUCUGAGCGGGUGGUUGGUGGAACGGGGCGGAUGGCUCGGUUUGCAGGAUCACGUACAUCCACCCCAGCCGGAAAUUUCCGUCACGGGCUGGUUAAGCCUUACCGCGGUGACGCUCAUCGUGAUCUACUUCGUCUCACUGUUCCUACGGAUGAUCGGUAGCAGCUACCUCGAACCGAACCGAUCCGCCACCAACUAG